CUUCUCUCACAUUCUGCCCUCUAACUCUCCACAUAAGUUCUUAAUCUCAUUCAAAGCUGAUUAAGAACUCAAGGCAAUGGCUGAAGAACAACUAGGAGUGCUCAAGGCACUCGAUGUUGCGAAGACGCAACUUUAUCAUUUCACGGCAAUUGUCAUCGCUGGGAUGGGCUUCUUUACGGAUGCAUACGAUCUGUUUUGCGUCUCUUUGGUGACCAAGCUCCUUGGCCGCAUCUACUACUUCAAUCCGUUGUCAGAGAAGCCUGGAUCACUUCCUCCUCAUGUUGCGGCCGCUGUCAAUGGUGUGGCGCUUUGUGGAACCCUUGCUGGUCAGCUCUUCUUCGGAUGGCUUGGCGACAAGCUCGGAAGGAAAAAAGUCUACGGUGUCACUUUAAUCAUGAUGAUUUUGUGCUCUGUCGCUUCCGGUCUCUCCUUCGGAAACAAAGCCAAGGGUGUCAUGACCACCCUCUGCUUCUUCAGGUUUUGGCUGGGAUUCGGUAUUGGAGGUGACUACCCUCUUUCUGCCACCAUCAUGUCUGAAUACGCAAACAAGAAGACCCGUGGUGCUUUCAUCGCCGCCGUGUUUGCUAUGCAAGGUAUCGGGAUCUUGGCUGGAGGUUUUGUUGGUUUAGCAGUAUCUUCCAUAUUCGACAAGAAGUUUCCAUCACCGAUCUACGCAGUCGACAGAGCUCUCUCAACGCCUCCACAAGCUGAUUACAUUUGGAGAAUCAUUGUCAUGUUUGGUGCUCUACCCGCAGCCUUGACUUACUACUGGCGUAUGAAGAUGCCCGAAACUGCUCGUUACACCGCUUUAGUGGCCAAGAACCUCAAACAGGCGACACAAGAUAUGUCAAAGGUCUUACAAGUGGAGCUUGAAAUGGAGGAGAGGGAGGAAGAUAUCCUUAAGGACCCCAGACUUAACUAUGGUUUGUUCUCCAAAGAAUUCCUUAGACGACAUGGUCUUCCCCUGCUCGGAUGUACAACCACUUGGUUCUUGCUUGACAUUGCAUUUUACAGCCAAAACUUGUUUCAAAAGGAUAUCUUCUCGGCUAUCGGAUGGAUCCCAAAGGCAUCCACCAUGAACGCCGUCCAUGAGGUUUUCAAGAUUGCGAGGGCUCAAACUCUCAUCGCGCUCUGCAGUACUGUCCCUGGUUACUGGUUCACCGUUGCGUUUAUUGAUAUCAUGGGAAGAUUUGCUAUCCAACUGAUGGGAUUCUUCAUGAUGACAGUCUUUAUGUUUGCAAUCGCCUUCCCGUAUGACCAUUGGAUCAAACCCGACAAUCGUAUCGGAUUCGUGGUUAUGUACUCUCUAACUUUCUUCUUCGCCAAUUUUGGACCAAACGCAACCACCUUCAUUGUACCCGCUGAGAUCUUUCCGGCUAGGCUAAGGUCCACAUGCCAUGGAAUAUCAGCUGCAACAGGUAAGGCUGGAGCCAUCGUGGGAGCUUUUGGGUUCCUAUACGCAGCUCAGCCACAAGACAAGACCAAGACGGACGCAGGAUAUCCACCGGGCAUUGGAGUCAAGAACUCAUUGAUCAUGCUUGGUGUCAUCAACUUUGUCGGUAUGCUCUUCACUUUCCUUGUCCCUGAGCCCAAAGGAAAAUCCCUCGAAGAACUCUCCGGUGAGACUGAGGCAGAGAAAUGAUCGCCAUGAAACUACAUUGUAUUUCUAUUUUUCAUAUUUGGUCUCAAGUGUGAUGUUUGUUUUUGUGUUGUUUUUUUAAUAUAUUUGCUUGCCGAUCCUAACGUUUUGUGAUCUUAUAAGAAGAAUGUAUAAUGUACUGUUAUCCAUUAUUUCUGCA